AUGGAAAAUACAUCAUAUUGGGAAUAUUUAAAAUUGAAUGAUGAUCAACAUGGUAUUUUAGUAACAUCGGUUGAACAAGCAUGUAUUCUUAGUAAAGUAUUAAAAGAAAAUGAUGUUAUCACAGCUAUUGAUAAUGUGCCAAUUGUUGAUGAUGAAAAAUUAAAAUUUGUUGAUGAUACAGUUACAUUUACAAUUAUAAGACAAGGUCAAGAAUUAACAUUAACAAGUCCAUUGGAUAAUAAUCAAACACUUGUUCCAUUACAUUCACACGAUAAACAUCCAGAAUAUUUAAUUUAUGCUGGUAUUGUAUUUACAGUAUUAAGUCGAUUUUAUUUAUAUGGAUUUAAUAAACGUGAAUGGCAUCGAAAAGCUCCAACAAACUUAAUUAAUUUAGCAUUACAUAGUCAUUUACAAGAAUUAAAUCAACAAAUAGUUAUUAUUAAUCAAAUACUUCUUGAUGAUGUUAAUCAUGGAAUAUCGUCAGAUUUUGCAAAUUCUGUAUUGGAAACGGUUAAUGGCAUUAAAAUUCAGAAUAUUAAACAUCCAGCAGAAUUAAUUGAUAAAAUAUCAAAUAAUGAAGAUGAUGGUUAUAAUCGAUUUGAAAUCGAAAAUCAAAAAAUUUAUAGUGAUAUCAUUGGACUUGUACCGAAUAUAGAAAAAAUUACUAUUCAAUUACAUCGAUCACGAAUACUCUCUCGUCUUCGCCCUCGAAGUUUGUCAUCAUGUCCUCGAUUAACUGAAUUUACAUUACUGGAAGCUGGUAUUGGAUUUAUUAGUGAUGAUAUUAAAUCUAUUCUUGGUUAUAUGAGAAAUUUAUUGAAAUUAACAUUAAGUAUUCGUGAUACACCUGAUCCCACGUUUUGUCAUGGUCCCAAAUUUGAAUCAAUAUUAAUUGAAUAUUUACCAAAUCUUUGUCAAUUUGAUUAUACAAUGACACAUAGAAUUGGAAAUGAAACAUUAUUUGAAGAUUUUAUUGUAUGGCCAAUGAAUUACGUUGUUUAUGAAGAUGAAAAGUGUGAAUGGGUACAUAUCUAUUCAUUACCAUGGCCAUCAAAUAAAUAUGAUAAACGAGAAUUACCUAUUGUAAAAAAUCAAUGUAAUACAUCAGUUACAUCAGAUGUUAAACAAGAUGAAUAUAUAAAAGAUGUUAUGAUUACAGAACCGAAUGAAUUAUUUGAAUUGAAGACACGUUUUCGUCGUGCUUAUCAAAUAAGAACAUGUUUAUCAAUUGAUACAAAAUUGACAUCACGAAUUUCUAAAGUAAUUCUUACAAAACAAACUCGUAUAGCUUCAAUGAAUUCCAUGAUCCAACCUUUUGUUCGUCAUUUAAUAGUUGAAUGUCGUUUAAAUGAUGAAAGAGAAAUUCAUCUUCUUGCUCGUCAAUUCCCGCAUGUUGAAUAUUUAAAAUAA